AUGAGGCCCAUCACUCUGCUCACUCUGCCCUUCGCGGCUGCUGUUGCUGGUGCCCUAGUACCCUUCAAGGGCUGCCAGCACAAGGUGAAAGAGAGUAUCCAUGGUCCACCCCGCGGAUGGUACAAGGAUGUUCCCGCGUCCAAGCACCACAUGCUCGAGCUCAAGAUCGCUCUGCCUCAGCCCAAGUUCCCGGAACUCGAGCAGCACCUCUGGGAAAUAAGCGACCCGAGCCAUGCACGUUAUGGGGCGCACCUGUCGAAGCAGGAGACCGAAGCACUCAUGGCUCCCCAUCCCGAGACUCUGGAUGUGGUCAGCGAAUGGCUUGCCUCACACGGUCUGGUGGAAGAAGAUGUCAUCCGUUCAUCUGCAAACGAUUGGGUCACUAUUCGUGUCCCGGUCGGCCUUGCAGAAGAGAUGCUGGAUACCACAUACCAUGUUUACAAGCACACUCAGACUGGAGAGAGCAUCGUCCGGACCACAAGCUACAGUCUUCCUGAGAUCUUGCACGAGCAUGUUGAUCUCAUUCAGCCUACGACCAUGUUCGCUCGCUUCAAGGCGUUCAAAAGCACACUCCGCUGGACUAACCAGGUGCAGCCCGCAGUCUCGAGCCCGUCUGUUAGAACGAUCACAGGGCCAGCAGGCAAUCAAGUCGAUGCGAGUUGCAACAACACGGUCACCAUUUCGUGCUUGAGACAGUUAUAUAAUGCGGUGGAUUACAGCACGUCUGCCACCAAUGGCAACAAAUUGGGCAUCACUGGUUACCUCGAGGAGUAUGCUAACAAUAUGGACCUGCAGCAAUUCUAUCAGCUUCAGAACCCAUCUGCUCAGGGUUCAAACUACACUUUUGUGUCCAUCAAGGGUGGCAAAAACAACCAGAGCGACGCAGGCAUGGAGGCCAACAUCGACACUCAGUUCGGGUUUGGACUCACUUGGCCCACCCCAGGAACGUUUUACUCAACUGGUGGGGAGCCCCCUUUUGACCCCGAUUUGUUGACGACGAGUGAUACGAACGAGCCCUACUCAUACGACACACUUCCUCAGUCAAUCUCCACAAGUUAUGGUGAUGACGAGCAAAGCGUCCCACACUCCUACGCCACUCGUGUUUGCGAUGGUAUGGCAGCACUCGGAGCUCGUGGUGUCUCAGUGAUGUUCUCUUCUGGUGACGGCGGUGUGGGUGAUGGCGAUGCCUAUCCCGCUCAGGCUUUCGGACACCAGUGUUAUUCCAACGACGGUCGUAAAACCCCAAUGUUUCUCCCUGUAUUCCCGGCUUCUUGCCCAUACGUUACCGCUGUCGGUGGAACUGUCAACAUCCCCGAGACUGCGGCCAACUUCUCUGGUGGUGGUUUCAGUAACUAUUUUCCUCGUCCCUCGUACCAGGAUGCUGCUGUCUCGGCGUAUUUGGCAUCGCUCGCUCCCGGCACCUAUAAAGGUCUCUAUAACUCCACUGGACGUGCAUACCCCGAUGUAUCAUCACAAGCGGUGAACUUCGCGUUCAUUUACCAAGGCCAGACAGCAUCAGGGGCUGGUACAUCAUGCGCCGCGCCCGCAUUCACUGCGUUCGUUUCCAUGCUGAACGAUGCACGUAUCAAUGCCAAAAAGUCUGCUCUUGGUUUCUUGAACCCGUUCUUAUAUUCCGCUGGUUAUGCGGCAUUAAAUGACAUUACCGAGGGUCGCAACCCAGGAUGUCAAACUGAAGGCUUCAAUCUGUAUGAUUGA